CCACGAAGAGAACUGGUAGAGCCCUCGACGGGGAUUGAUUGCGUGACUCACUCCUCGUGCAAUUGAGCUCUUCUAAUGGAGUCGUCGUCUUCCUCGUUUUCAUCUUUCGAGAAUUCUUUUUCUCAAUGGGAUUAUCUCAAUAUAUUCAUACUACGCCCGAUCCUUGCCGUCGUGUUCACGUUCUCCUUGAUUUCUCUUGGUUGGUUUUUGGCGUGGAAGCUCGUUCUUGUUCACGUCCCUCUGGUGCAAGAAAUUUUUGGCUUGCGUAAGAAAUCCGUCAAACCGAAGCCUCCAACCCGCCGACUAUCGAAAUUUUAUAAUAAUUUGGAUUCCCAAACUUCAGCUUCUGGCUGAUGUAUGUUUUGAGCUUGGAGGCCAUCUUAACUGAAAUGCAGAAUGUAAACCCAAAAGAAAUAGUGCAGUAUUGGCCAAUUGUUUGAGAUGUGUAUAGCUCAAAGUGAAAGUUCACUUAGGAAUGCACGUUUUCUGCCAGAACGACGUUCUGACAGAAAAUAAGACUAAUUACAUCUAUUAAAGUCGAUUUGGAAUUACUUCUCAAGUGCUUAAAAAUACUUAAAAAGUUGUUCCAAACAAGCCCUUUUAAUGCU